AUAUUCAAGGUUAGUUUAUUUGUCAAAGCAAUUACAUACUUCGUUUUAGUGUAAACAUUUUCCCGCUAUUAACUGUUUUAAUAUAAGAUUACUUUCAAUUAUGCAAUUAAAUGAUGUGCAGUCCUUCAUAAAUCAACAAACUGGUAUUUCAUUAUGGAAACACUGUGAUGCCCCAAUAAAAAGAUUAAGAUGUACCAAAGAUACUUCAUAUACUCAAUUACUUCCUCAAAGAAGUCAAGAUGAAUUCUAUAGGGACACACCAAUUUUUACUUGUAAAUUCUCUCCCUAUACCAGUAAUGAACAUAUAUUAGCUUUAGCAAAUGAAGAUGGGAAGCUGGCCAUACAUGACAGUUCUAAUGAUUAUCGACACGGUGUACAUGCCCACAAUAAUGCAAUUUUUGAUCUGGCAUGGAUGUUUGACAACAUGAAACUUGUUACUGCUUCUGGAGAUCAUACAUCUAAAAUGUAUGAUGUAGGAGAAAGUGAACUAAGACAAGAAAGAGUGUUUUCUGGGCAUUCAAGAUCUGUUAAGACUGUAGCAUUUAGAAAAGAUGAUUCUAGUGUAUUUGCAACUGGUGGAAGAGAUGGUAAUAUCAUUUUAUGGGAUACUCGUACAAACACUAGUAGUUUCGUUGGUAAAGCAGAUGGAAUUAUAAGUAACUCUCACAUUUCUAAAGUAUUCACACCAAGUAAAUCGAAGAAAAAAUUCAACACUCCAACAAAUUCAAGAAUAAAAUCUGUCACUGGUCUUGUGUUUCAAGAAAAUAACACUCUUAUAUCUUGUGGAGGAGGAGAUGGUCUCAUAAAAAUAUGGGAUUUAAGGAAACAUUACAGCCAAUCUAAAAAAGAAGCCCUACCAAAACAUAUAAUACCUUACCCAGGUAAUACUACUAGGAAUGGUUACAGUAGUCUUCUUAUUGAUAACAAUAAUAUGAAGUUGUACGCAAACUGCUUAGAUAAUACUAUAUAUUGUUACAAUGUUGGUACAUAUAAUAGUGAACCAAUAAUGUACUAUACAGGUCAUCAAAAUAGUACAUUCUACGUAAAAUCUUCUCUAAGCAAAAAUGGUGAUUACCUUAUUAGUGGUAGCAGUGAUGAUAAUGCUUAUAUUUGGAAUACUAAAAUAUCAGAACCUAUAGUGAAACUAACAGGUCAUACUGCAGAAGUUACAUGUGUAGCUUGGUGCACUAAGAAUAUGGUAGUGGUUACUUGUUCUGAUGAUAUGAGCCAUAAGAUUUGGUCAGUGGGAUCAACAGAACUUCCUGAUGAUUGGGAGGUACUAGGAAGAGGAAUAGCUGAAAUAAUGCCUGUUAAAAAUAAGUUGAAGCGAAAUCUCAAAAUGGAUAUUGAGUUUAUCCCCAAAAAGAAAUUUACCGAAUGUAAAAAAUGUAACAACAUCACUUCUUCAACAUUUUGCGAAAAUUGUAAUAAAAGUUUUUCAAAAAGGAAAAAUCCCUUUGAUACAGAAAGUGUAAAUAAAUUCCUUCAAACAGAUUUUGGCCCACGACGAUUGUUUGCUAAUGUGAAUAAUCCACUGCCAGUAGAUAGAACUGAUACUUUAGCUUCUUAUUUGGGUAAUAAUGACACAAUGCCUUUAGAUGAUUAUGAACCUCCUUUGAAAGUGCCAAGAUGCACUGAAACUUACGAACGUCUUUGUAAAGACACAAAUCAUGUAUUGAGUGCUGAAUGGGAUGUUGAACCUCCUAUGAAACUUGCAAAAUUAGAAAUUACUCCAACCAAAAACAAAAGACCAGAUAUAUCCUCUCCGACAGUAAAUCUACCUAAUUACGUAGUAGAUGGUGUUGCUCCCCAUUUAACAUAUUCCCCUCCAAAGAAAAAGUGUCAAGAUUGGUUAACAAGAAUUAGAAUUGAAAAAAUGAUACGCAAAGAGUAUGAGAAGACUGAAACUGGUAAUAUGUCUAAACAACCCAAAUCUGAAACAAUACCUAAAAGAAAAUGUGUCACACCUAGGAGUCCAAUAUUAAGGUACUUUAAAGUUACUAAUAGUUCACACAGUUGUGAUAACAAUUGUUUGAAACAUCAGAAUUGUGUAGAAAAUUUUAGCAACAGUUUAGGAACAAAUUGAAUAUACUAUGCUUACUAAUCAGGAGCUCAGAUUUAAUGGAUGACAAAAAUAGACAAAGCUCUUAGGAAAUAAGAAUCUUAUUUAUGUUGUACAGUGUUUAGGUAGAAUUUUUUAUGUAUAUAAAUAUGAAAACAGAAUUAAUGAAUUUUUACUUGU